UAAGAUCCGGCCUGGGGGAAAGGGAUGAAUGUUAAUUUCAAAGAUGGCGGCGGAGGGAGGAGGGAAGGAGAUGAACGAAAUUAAAACUCAGUUCACAACUCGGGAAGGCGUCUACAAACUCCUCACUCACUCCGAAUACAGCCGUCCCAACAGGGUGCCUUUCAACUCGCAGGGCUCCAACCCCGUCAAGGUCUCCUUCGUGAACGUCAACGACCAGUCGGGCAACGGCGACCGGAUCUGUUUCAAUGUGGGCCGUGAGCUCUACUUCUACAUCUACAAAGGCGUUAGAAAGGCUGCUGACCUGAGCAAGCCCAUAGACAAGCGUAUCUACAAGGGAACGCAGCCCACCUGUCAUGACUUCAACCACCUCACAGCCACAGCGGAGAGUGUGUCCUUGCUGGUGGGUUUCUCAGCAGGACAGGUACAGCUCAUUGACCCCAUCAAGAAGGAAACAAGCAAGCUCUUCAAUGAGGAGAGACUAAUAGACAAGUCCAGAGUAACAUGCGUGAAAUGGGUGCCAGGCUCUGAGAGCUUGUUUCUGGUCUCUCAUGCCAGUGGGAAUAUGUACCUGUACAAUGUGGAGCAUACUUGUGGUACCACAGCACCACACUACCAGCUGCUUAAACAGGGAGAGAACUACUCUGUACACACCUGCAAGAGUAAAUCCACGAGGAACCCUCUUCUUAAAUGGACAGUGGGUGAGGGGGCUUUGAAUGAGUUUGCCUUCUCUCCAGACGGGAAGUUUCUAGCUUGUGUUAGCCAAGACGGCUUCCUACGGGUCUUCAACUUUGACGCGGUUGAGCUUCAUGGCACCAUGAAGAGCUACUUUGGUGGCUUGUUGUGUGUGUGCUGGAGCCCUGAUGGAAAGUAUAUAGUUGCAGGUGGAGAGGACGAUCUAGUGACUGUGUGGUCGUUCUUGGACUGCAGAGUCAUCGCCCGAGGUCACGGGCACAAGUCAUGGGUAAGUGUGGUGGCAUUUGACCAUUACACCACCAGCGUGGAAGAGAGUGACCCAAUGGAGUUCAGUGGCAGUGAUGAGGACUUCCAGGAUCAGAUGAUCCACUUUGGACGAGACCGGGCCAACAGCACGCAGUCUCGACUCUCCAAGCGCAACUCCACGGACAGCCGGCCUGUUAGUGUCACAUACCGGUUUGGCUCGGUGGGCCAGGACACUCAGCUGUGCCUAUGGGACCUCACUGAGGACAUCCUUUUUCCCCAUCUUCCGCUCUCACGGACACGAACACACACUAACGUGAUGAAUGCUACGAGCCCCCCUGCGGGCGCUACAAUAAUCACUAACACCUCUAGUAACACUACUAAUGGAAACAACAGUGGUGCCAAUACUCCUGGAAUUAACUCCCUCUCUACAACAUUACCACGCUCCAACAGCCUACCCCAUUCAGCCGGCACCACAACAACAGCAAACAAUACCAACAAGGCUGGCAGUGGUGUCGGCAUCGGCAGUGGUAUAAUGGACAGUGCCAUCGCAACAGGCGUGAGUAAGUUUGCCACGCUGUCACUCCAUGAUCGGAAGGAGCGCCACCAUGAGAAGGACCACAAACGCAACCACAGCAUGGGCCACAUCAGCAGCAAGAGCAGCGACAAGCUGAACCUGCUGACAAAAACCAAAACAGACCCUGCUAAGACUCUGGGCACUCUGCUGUGCCCGCGCAUGGAGGAUGUGCCCCUCCUUGAGCCCCUCAUCUGUAAAAAGAUAGCACACGAGAGACUGACUGUACUCAUAUUUUUAGAGGACUGUUUAGUGACUGCUUGUCAGGAGGGAUUUAUUUGCACAUGGGCGAGGCCAGGCAAAGUGGGUUUAUUGUCAUCCCAAAACCAAGCCAGCUCUCCCAGUGGAACAGUAGUAUAGCCACAAUAUUUCUGCUGCUAAAGAACCCUGCAACCCAGAGUCUGAUGCUGCUCUUCACCCUGCAAGCAUUGCAAGUUUUCCUUUUCUUUGAUACCCCUCCCCUCCCCACCCCCCUCUGAUUUUGUUAAUGGCUUUUCUGUUUCUUUUUGUUUAUCACUCACUUGACCUAAUGGAGGAAUGAAGCAAAAAAAAAAAGAAAAAAAAAGGUGUGGUGCAAUUGUGGACUAUUGCGCUAAUGUACUAUUUUUCUCUGGAGUUUUAACACAUUUUAGAGUUUUAAAAAAAAUCUUUCUUUCAUGUCAGAUCUCAUCAGACUGUUGUCCCCUCUGGAAAUAAAAGCUUGGCUUUGUUAGAUGCAAACCAGACAAUUGUGGCUUGAGAUUAAAGGGACAGUUCAUUUAAUUUUCAUAAUCUGUGUGUAUCCCCCCUUUUUUUAACCUUGUGGUGUAGCCUGGUCCUGGCUCAGGGUUGUCUGACUAAAAUAUGACUUUUGGGUGAACUAUCCUUUUAUGACCAAGUGCGUGAGCAUCUGAAAAUUUUGCAUCCAUCCACAUUCACCCACCACUUCUGUCUUUUCUUGAGUAGAAUCUCCCCAUUACGACUUUGCACUGAUUUUGUUAGUUAUUUUGUUGUUUGUUUUUAUAACUACUCUAAUGGAACAAAAAAAAAGAGGGUUGAGGACUGCCUUGUUGCACUUGGCUUUAACAUCCUCAGUCUUGAAAUCUGAAUUUAUAAAGCUGGAUGCUGCAAUCAUAGUCUUUUUAAAGAAAAAAAAAAUGUUUGCACUUAAAUUAGUUUAUUAGAAGAAAAUGGCUUUACAUUUUUGGGUGUGCUCAGAACUCACAGAUGGCUAAUACAGUAGGUGAAGAAAAUGAUAAAAAAAAAAAAACUAUUAAAACCUUUAUCUAUUGAGCAUUUAUUUUAAUAUUAUUUCAGAUUCAAAUCUGCUCUGUACCAUAAUGUGUAUAUUGUAAUUAAUUGAUUUGAUGGGGGCCUAAGCAAACUACCAUUACUCCAGUGGAAGUUUUGUCAUUGAUAGUUAUAUUUCUAAAGCCUAAAGUAUACAUAUUAAUAAUAUUAAAAUAAUCUUGAAUACACCG